AUGACUCAAGAGUUCCACUUGGGUAGAACUUUGAAGAACAUAGCCUCUAUGAGGGGAACCAAUAUACACGAAAUUGAAAUUUCAAUCAACUCUUAUAAAUAUUGGGUUACUGAUUUAUAUCUUUCUGGAAUCAGCAACAAAUUUCGAAACCAGAUCAUAAUAGGCGGUUUAAACCAAAAAUAUGAAUUCAACUGUAUCAUUAAAGAUGGAAAUACAUACAAAUAUCUUGAUGGAUUCUUUAAAGGUGAAUAUAAUCAAAAUCUUCUUACUGACAGUGUUAUAACAGAUUUAUGUGAAGUUGGAACUGCCUUAGAAUGUGAUGAUUUAAUUGAAUGGUUCUGUGAAAAAUUCGAAAUCGAAAAUUAUAAAAUCGAAAACUUCGAAAAAAUUAUCAUUUACAGCAACAUCAAAGGAAUUAAUAAUAAGCUUUAUGAUUUCAUAUGCCAAAAUCUCAAAGAAAUUGGAAUUAAAAAAGUUGUCGAUGCAUGUAUAAAAAUUGGAUAUGAUUUUGCAGAACAGUUAAUAAUGUCAUGUCAAAAGAACAAUAUUGAUAUUUCAGAACUUUUUACUUCACUUAUUGAAACAAACUCUUCUUUUCUCGGUAUAAUAUUAAAUGUAGACAUCAACAAAGUUGAUUUUUCAACAAAGAAUCGAUACAAAAGCAUUAUUUUCUUCAUUAUCAUCAUGGGAAGUUGUUGA